AUCCCAGCAGUCGGGCUACACGGCUCGUAAAUAAGGCCACCCAAGGGAGCAACUCGUCGACACGAUCAAGUUCGAGCCCCGCCGCCGAGGAAGCAACCAGCGUCCUCAUCCCUGUCUGUCACCAUAUAUGGCUGGAGACUGCGGCCACCUCGGUCCGUCCCGCAAGCGCGCUACCGUGGACGCGGACCGGCUGAGCGACCUGCCGGACUGCCUCCUGGAGGACAUCCUCUCGCGCCUCGGGUCCCUGCAGGCCGUGCGGACGAGCGCGCUGUCCCGGCGCUGGCGGCACGUCUGGCGCUCCGUGCGCUGCGUCGACAUCGACCAGCGGGAGUUCCCCGGCAGCGGCCCGCCCGGCUCCCUCCAGUACCAGCGCUUCGAGGACUUCGCCGACACCAUGCUGCCGUGUCCUCCCGCCGCCGCGCGGCCGCCUCUGGACACGUUCCGCCUCCACUUCGCCGAUGCCAUGAACAGUGUGGCCAUGAACACUACGAGCUUUGGGAGGUGGAUCCGGCGCGGCCUCACGCGCCGCCCGGCCACCGUCGACCUCCAGUGCGACUUCGUCAAUGGCUGCAUCCUGUGGCCGCCCUGCCACGUAGACAUGGGCGCCGCCGCGUGCCGCCUGACGAGGCUCCGGCUCUCCGGCGUGACGCUAGGACUCGGCUCCAGGGAGGAGAUUGGCGGCCAGUUGCCGGUCCUCGAGGACCUGCACCUCGACAACUGCUACUACUACGGGGUCCUCACCAUUGCCUCGCCCACGCUCAAGAGCCUCGCAGUCACAAGCAAUUCGGUCAGUUACUCUACUGACACCGUGGCCAUCGCAGCUCCUCGCCUCGCCUCCCUCCGCCUCGUCCUCCCGUUCGGCCGCGACGGCAGGACCUCGGUGGUGACCAAAGCUCCAGGAAACGAGGCGCUGCCAUCGCUCGUCGAGGCGUCCAUCUGUCUAAACGAUAUGGACCAACGGGCUUACAAAGCCAAGCUCCCGUUCCUGAGAUCCAUGUGCAGCUUCCUCGGCCGACUAACCAAUGUCGCGAAAUUAGAACUCUCGGGGUUCACCACCACGGCAUUGCUGGACCAUGAGUCUCAAGAUUUUUCGGUCCUCGAAAACCUAAGAACCUUGCUUCUCGACGGUUGUGAUAUUGGAGCAAUCAACCUCCAAGUGUUGAUGAAAAUCCUUGAGAAUGCCCCUAAUUUGGAGAAGCUCCGAUUGCGCCGCUGCCAGUUUUUAGGUCGUCCGAAGAGGAGCAAAGGGAAGGCAGGGCCGAAAAAGACAUGUCCCAACCAAUGUGUUCCAACACUUGUUCAACACAAGAAACUGAACUCAAUAGAAAUCAAGUACCAACCAAGGGAUGAAGCUCACUUGAAACAGUUUUUCGGAAAAUAUGUGAACGAAACGCCAAAGGAAAUGCAGUUGUGGCGAGUUGCCAGGAAUUUGAGCAUUUCAAGAGCAAAUACGAGAGGAGGAGAUCAGGUUUCCACUGCUGCUCAUGUUACACCGGUUCAAGAGUCGACUCUAUAUUUGCGCCGUACCAUCUCGCGGGAUCCAGCAGUGGCAAACCACAAGAGUGAUUCAACAUAGCCAUGCAUGGUGGCGUGUAGAGUAAGAAAACAGUAUGCUCACAGUUUCAAAUGUGACUAGUAUCAUGUAUUUUUCUGUUGUAUUGUAUUGUAUUGUAUUGUGGCUUGUGGUGUCAAGUGCUAGUGCAAGUAGCACGUGAAGGUUGAUAUCCGACCACUCACAUUUCACUUGAAUGGAGACAUAUUUUUAGUAUAUUCCAUAGCGCUCAUCAGCAUUUAUGACGUCUUAUAGUGAAGCUCUUGUAGUGGGGUUUUAUAUAGCUAGGUGAAAGUGCAUCUCCAUUGUACCCCCGUUGGUUUUGAUGAUCUAUGGAAAAACCAUUGA